AAGAAGUAAAAUAGAGAUUGAUAGCUUCAACUUAAGUACUAAUUCCCUUUAGUUGAGAUGGAAAAGGUAAGAUUCCCCACAUCUUCUUCUUCUUCGUUUUCUAAAUGCGCUUCUUCAUGAAGUUUGUGGUAUAGAUUCCUAUAGUUCGCCAUGAUAAAACGCAGUGAGCUGGGUUCUUUCUGGGUUCCUUUUCGUGUUUAGGGUUUACUGCUUCAUCCACUUUUCAGCCCUUUUCCUACAUUUCUCAUUCUCAAAUCUUCAUCUUUGAUUUUCCCUUCUUUUUGUCUUUUCCACUGUCUGGCAACGUUCUGAUAUUUCUCACAGUUCUUCCCCAUAAUUCCUGUUCUUCAUCUUUGAUCUUUCUCCCCCCAUUUUUCUCUUAAUUUUCUUAUAUUUCUUGAUAGUAAAAACAAUUGAAAUUCAAAAAGUACCCUAACCACCAGUUUCACAAACAACAGAUCUGGAGACUGCAAAUCAAACUAUCCAACAAAAUAUAAGACCAAAAUAAUCUCCUCCUUCAAUUAGGGAAAGGAGAUUAUCAACAGGAAAUGAAACCCCUUGAAUCCGGUGAAGCCCUUGAUGAGUCCUUUAGUACUCCACAAUCCCAAAAACCUUCUUCUUCUCCUUUUACUUCGUCUCCUUCCUCUCCUUCCUCGGCAUCAUCAUCAUCUUCGUCUUCUAGCGAUUCUUCGAUUGGAUCUCCUAAAACCAACUUUGGGAACACUGAGGAAGAGCUCAAAACUUCGCAAGCUUCUUGGCCAUGCUCAUCCAACCUCCCCCGCAUAGAAUCGAACUUGAUUUCGCAGCAUUCUCAAGGAAGGAAAUUAAAUUGGAAUGUAAAGAAGAAGUCUAAAAUGGUAUCAAACGAUUCCAUGAAAAACCGUAAAGCAAAAGCUCUGGGGGAGAAUAGACAUUCAUCAGGCACCAGAGAUCCUCCAGAAAAGGCUGGAAAGAGGAGAAGAAAGCUUGCUCGGCAGUUCAUAGAGCUUUCAUCAAUGAUUCCGGGCUUGAAGAAGAUGGACAAGGCUUCUGUAGUGGACGACGCGAUCAACUACGUGAAACAGCUUCAAGAGCGAGUGAAUAGGCUGGAAAAACAAACAAAGAAGAAUUCUGUAGAGAAGACGAGGGCCUCUGCCGGCGAGGGUACAUCUUCUUCCACGGAAGAGCUCCCAGAAAUCGACGUAAAAGUGCAAGAAAAGAAUGUGUUAAUUAAAAUCUACUGUAAGAAUCAGAAGGGUUAUCUUUCCAAAAUACUAUGCGAAAUAGAGAAGCUUCAUCUUAAAAUUGUCACCUUCAGUGCCUUGCCCUUUGCGGAUCGCUUCUUGGACACAACUGUUUCUACUCAGAUGGGCGAUACAUUUUGCAUGACAAUAGAGGAUCUGAAGAGGGACUUACGGUUGGCUCUUCAACAGUUCAUGUAACAUGCAAAGACAGAAAGUGGUUUCGUGAAGAAUUAUUAUUUGCUCCAUAAUAUUCAGGAAGAAGCCUUUUUUUUUUUUUAAUCUUCUCACACCAGAGAAGCCUAUUAUGUCUCUUCUACCUGUAAUUAUAAUUACUUUAUUUUCCCUUUUAAUUCCCACUACUUUUUUUCAGUGUCCAGAUUAGAAACUCGUGCUUGUUUAUAAAUGCAUAGAGUGUUUGAUUAGUAA